GUUUCUAUUAAUGUCAGUACUAUCCAAUUUACUGAACUGAAGCAGCGGAUGUGUUACUAGUCACUAAACUACUUAAGACCACUGCUUUUUAAAACUUUGCGAUAUUGUCACAGUUAUCAGGCAUGUGGUGCAAUCUGAUACAUGGAAAGAAAAUCUCCAGCAUUAGCUUUACUAUAACUUGUGUGUUUCUUGUACUCUCGCAUUGUGACGAUGAACCUUUUGUAAGUACCAAUUCCGGAAAAGUAAGAGGAAUAGAGAUACCCGUGUUCUCUGGAAUAAUUACAGCCUUUCUCGGAAUUCCUUAUGCAGAACCACCUGUUGGUGCCCUAAGGUUUAAAAAACCAGAACCCCACAAACCUUGGUCAGAGGUUUGGAAUGCUUCACAAUAUGGAAAUUCUUGCUAUCAGUAUGUCGAUCAAACAUUCCCAGGAUUUCCUGGAGCUGAAAUGUGGAAUCCAAAUACUGAACUAAGUGAAGAUUGUUUGUACCUUAAUAUAUGGAUACCAACCCCAAAGCCAAAAAAAGCAAGUGUCAUGGUUUGGAUUUAUGGUGGAGGUUUUGAAACUGGGACAUCUUCACUUGAUGUAUAUGAUGGCAAGUUUCUUGCCAGAACCGAAAGGGUAAUUGUAAUAUCCAUAAACUACAGAGUUGGAGCCCUAGGGUUUUUGGCUUUUCCUGGUAAUCCUGAAGCUCCAGGAAAUGUGGGCCUAUUUGACCAGCGACUAGCUCUUCAGUGGAUUCAUGAAAACAUUGCAGCAUUUGGUGGGAACCCAAAAAGCAUAACUCUCUUUGGAGAAAGUGCUGGUGGAGCUUCAGUUAGUUAUCACAUGCUUUCUCCUAAAAGUCAUCCAUUUUUUACAAGGGCUAUAAUGCAAAGUGGAACUGCUAAUGCCCCAUGGGCUGUAAUAAGUAAAACUGAGGCCCAGAACAGAGCUCUCACAUUAGCAAACCUCUUGAGCUGUUCUUUCAGAAAUGAAACAGAAAUAAUUGCCUGUCUUCGGAGCAAGACUCCUCAGGAAAUAGUUGAAAAGGCACUUUCUACUUUACCACACAGAUCAUUAAUUGAAAUUAAUUUUCUUCCAGCAGUUGAUGGUGAUUUUCUCAUAGAUACGCCUGAAGUUUUGUUGGAACUUGGACAACUUAAGAAAACUACAGAAAUUUUAACUGGUGUCAAUAAAGAUGAAGGUUCAUAUUUCUUAGUGUAUAACUUACCUGGAUUUAGCAAGGAUCAUGAGAGUUUUAUAAACAGAACACAAUUUCAGGAAAAUGUCAAGCUAGCGUUUCGCAAAGCAACAGAACUUGCAGUAGACUCUAUACUGUUUCAUUACACAAACUGGGAAGAUGAACAGAACCCUACUCAUAAUCGAGAUGCAAUGGAUGACAUCGUUGGUGAUUACAAUUUCAUAUGUCCACUGUUGGAGUUUACAAAAAGAAAUACAGAACUUGGAAACGCAGCAUACGUAUACUUCUUCAAUCACAGAUCAUCCAAACUUUCAUGGCCUGAUUGGAUGGGAGUUGUCCAUGGAUAUGAAAUAGAAUUUGUAUUUGGAAUCCCAAUGUAUAGAAGACUUAAUUUUACAAGGUCUGAGGAAAAAUUGGCCAGAACAAUAAUGAGAUAUUGGGCAAAUUUUGCUAAAACAGGAAAUCCGAAUGGUGCACAGUCUCAGGAAAACAGAUGGCCUGUCUUCACGCUUGAUGAGCAGCAUUACCUUAUGUUAGACACAGAAGACUCAAAGACAGAUCGGAAAAUGCGUGCCAAGCAGUGCAGAUUCUGGAACAAAUUCUAUCCCAAAGUCCUGCAAAUAACAGGGAAUAUUGAUGAAGUAGAACAACAGUGGAAGGCUGAAUUCCAUCGCUGGAACAAUUACAUGAUGGACUGGAAAAAUCAAUUUAAUGAUUACAGCAGUAAGAAGGAAAGCUGCACUGGUCUCUAAUUAAUAGCUUUACCCUUUAAGAAAUUAGCAUUUUAUGAUUAGUUGUUACAAACACGCUAUUAGCCAUUUAAGGUUUACCCAUUUUGCAUAUAAUGUAAAUAAAACAGCGUUUGGCUGAACUGUACAAUAAUUAUUUUAGGGCAUGAUUUCAGUAGAAUUUUAGUCCAUAUCUAUUGUAGAGUGCAAACUUUAUGAACAAUAGCACCGCAAUGUAAAUUCUAGAGUAGCUAAAAUACAAAAAUAUCUAUAAUCACAUAUAGGUGUGACUCAUGGUAAUACAUACAUUUAUACCCACUAAUAAUUCUGUGCUCCUAGAAAAGAGGGACAAAAUGCAGAAAAAAGGAGUAACACAGAUUUACCAAAGAGUGCCUGCCUUCUUUAGUGGAACACUUUGGGAGGUUUUCAUGCAACUUUUUUUUUGUUCUUGGUGGAGAAGCAAAAAUAUGGUAUUUUGAUAAAAUGAAUUUUGUA